AGUGACCAAGACUGUGAUGGCAACCUUCAAGUGGCAAAUAAGGAAUCACCGAAUAAUGAUGGCAUGGAAUGUUAUUCUCAUGGCAACUGCCGUUUUGCAUGUUGUGGAUGGUCAAACUGAGCCGUGUGUGGAUUUCAAAGACAUUCCUGAGGUCGCUAGACGAAACCCGAACAUCGCAACCCAGGUUGGAGGAGCCACAAUAAAUGACAGAACGCUCCCUGAUGGGUGGUACGGCGCCGCUAACUAUGCACUUGAGGAGAGUGCCCCUGGGUUCCUCCGCUGCGGAUCACUGUACCCGAUAUGGCGACAAAGUAUUUCUGGAAAAACAGCAACCAUGUGUAUUCAAGAUACAUCUAACACAUGCUCGAAUCAGUUUACCGUACAAGUUGAGGACUGCAACGGUUACACAGUCUACAAUCUGAAGGCAUCGCCUAUUCAUCAGAGCUCCUACUGUUUCCGUGAGAUCACUCCGAACUCGCCAACCUACAGUCCCAAGCCAACUGUCGUCCCUGAUACUACUGAUACAAGUAUCGAAAAAAGUGACCUUCUUUUCCGCUGUACGUUUCCCCCUUCGUCCAACCAAAGACUGUUCCACCAGACCACGUGGUAUGUCAACGACGUCGUUGUACACCAGCACCAACCUAUGCUAAUGGACACUGCCUACUUUGACAACACAGGGAUCACUCAAGCGAAGCUUAGCGCAGAGGGAAUAACACGAAUCGGUUUCAAUAUAACAUGUGAGGUUCGAGCUAUGUACGGUGUCAGUAUGCCUCCAGGUCCCACAGCUAGUUCCGAUCCUUUUUAUGUCGGAUUUGAGAUCCUAACCAAAGAAAUAACGAUCAAGCAAGGUGAGACGGGACAGGUUCGAGUGCGAGCCACGGCGCCUUUCCGUUGCGGAAACCUGUCCGAGUCGUUUCCAUCUUUUUGUUCCAUGCGAAUCGAGAUACAAACUGCUGACUCAACAAAAGGCUUUUCCCAGGCAGAUUGCGCCAUUUCCAUACCUUAUACACAGUGGAACCAACCCGUAUCUGUUACUGUACAUGGAACUAUAACACCAACAUAUGGCAGAGGACGACUGGAUUCUCUACUAGUUCUGAGGACUCCUGAAGCAAGCCUGCUAUUUCCCUAUUGGGCCAACCAUGCUAUUGGAACAGUAACGGUUACAGUAUUAAAAGAUACAGCUCUGGUUAAAAGGAAAUACUGCUCCUCCCAGAAUGACCCAUAUGUACGGCAAUUUGAUAGGAAACGUCUAACACUACAAAUGAAGGGACGUUUUACAUUAUAUAAACUGGCUAGUCGAUUAAUGGAGGGAGAUGCUGAUGAUGCUUACUCCCCUACUCCAAACACCAUCUAA